CGUAAACUUCAGCAGACAUGAUAAUUUCUUCGCCUGUUUCUUUUUUAUACCUUCCUUUUAAUCUUUAUCAUUUUUUAAAUUUUUAUGAUUGAAUUACGAUUGUCUGGGCCAUGCAGCUACAGCGAUUUUAACCAGCUGCAUGGACAAGGAACUGUUUUCGGCCAUCGCAUCAGAAAAUUAUAGUCUUGCUAAGGAGCUCGGUUUGAAUGGAGCGAGAGCUGAUCAAUUAGAGGAUGGUAUUACUGCUCUCCAUCUGCUGGCUGGGCACGAGGAUCAGGAAGCUUCAGAGGUUUUGGAGGUUUGUUUGAGGACUGCAGAUCCUAACGUCAGAUCUAGUGAGGGAAUGUCACCUGUUCAUGUUGCUGCUCUCUGGGGAAGGCUGGAUAAUUUAAAGUUAUUGAUAAACCAUGGAGGUGAUCUCAAUCAAACAGAUGAUGAAGGACAAAAUGUUCUGGAUUUUGCCUCCUUGUCCGAAGGGACCAGUGCAAAACAGUGUAUCAAAUUUAUAUUAGAAGUAGAGUCAAACAUAAGCUUGGACGAAUCUAAAACCUGUAUUCCUGAAGAAAAAUGGGAUGGAAUGAAACAUGAACAGCCAGUUGGUGAAGUCAGUUGUGGAUUCAGUGAGUCAUUUUACACAGCAAUUGCAGAAGACAGUUUGCUUGAUCAGACAGUGGUUACAUUUCCAAACUUGCAUCCUUGGUUUAGUGCCGAUGUUUCUUCAGGUGACUUGGAUGAAACGGUGGUCGAUAAGAUUACUGAACUAAGUAUCUCCAGUAACAGUCUUGUAGAUGGUGAUGAAACUGUAGAAGAAGGUGCAAAGCAGUGGCUGGAACAUACAAGUUAUCAAGAGCAUGAUAAUGAAGACCCUGCAGAGUUUUAUUUUGGCAAUAGCACCAUAUUCUAUGACUGGAAGGAGUGCAGCACAAUAUUGGACCAGUCUAUCAUCAAUGAAUCCAUAACUGUGCCAGAGAAUCUUUUCAAACUUUCUAAUAAUGAUCUCAGGAUGGAACUACAAAAGUAUGGAGAAAUACCUGGUCCAAUCAUGACAAGCACUAGAAAUGUGUAUAUAAAACGGUUAGCUCGGCUACAGAGUGGCUCAAUGGAUUCAAAGGAAUCACUCUAUAGUGAGUAUCUACCAGAGCUAAGGAGACAUUUGGAGGGGAAAGCAGAAACGCCAGAUUUGUUUGAGGAGGAGGAGUCUAUGUGCAUAGAAUUCACCUGUAAAAAGAAUUGGAGGGAGGGGACUGAAAAAUCUUCAUUUAAUUAUCUUCUUAUUGAUCCGCGUGUCACUCAAAAUCUACCAACGAGAUCCAAAAGUAUGAGCCCUGAGGAUGUCUUCCGAGUGUUUAUCUUGGCGAUAUUCUACGUGGGAAAAGGAAAGCGAUCAAGACCCUACGCACAUCUUAAUGAAGCCAUGAACUCUGCAAAGCAAAAUCCCAAGAUUCAACAAAUCCGUGAUAUUUGGGCAGCUGGGCUUGGUGUUGUGUCGCUCCAUAUCUUUCAGAGUGUCAUUCCGGUGGAGGCAUACACGAGGGAAGCGUGCAUGAUAGAUGCACUAGGCCUUCCACGACUAACAAACAAGAAAAGAGGUGAUUAUUACGGAAGGGCAGCAUCUUGGCCUCAAAAGAAAAAGAGAGAAAUGGGGGUUUUUCUUCUUCAGAGGGCUCUUAAAAUAUUACUCAGUGAAGGAGAGAGACAACUGCGCCCUGAAGAUCUCAAAGUAAAGCAUAACUCUUAGAUGAGCCUUCCGUUGCCAGUAUUUCACAAAAUUUUUACAGUUCCUUGUCAAGGCCCUUCGUUUUACCCUGUUUCUAAGGAGUCAUUUUUAUUAUUUUUAUCAUGUGCCGUCAAUCUUAGUUUUUAUCGUAUUACCGCGUACUUACGUUGUACCUCAAACUGGAUGUUAUUCCAAUUUUUAAGAGUUUUACUCUCUCGUUUUCCAAACAUGUUGAGCUAGCUUACGAAAAAAAAAAUAUCGGAUUAUUUUUUAUUUUUGUAAUUUUGCUUUAUUUGUUUUUACACUUUUUACGUUCAUUCAUUCCGGCAUUCACUCUCUCGUUUGGUGUUUAUCACCAAAUUAGCCCCAUUGUCGAAGGAAAUCUGGGAUGUUUAUGGUCGGUUUGUUUUCCUUCUCUAGCCAGGUCGCUUUGAGCAGUUGGUUGGUUGAUAAUUUAUACUCAGCCUGAAAGGCAAUUUUUUUUCUUUUUCAACUUAAGUAGAAUCGUUUACAUAAGUUAUCAAAAAGUACUUUGAGGCAAAUCUCAAAGUAAACCAUGUCCACAAAUGAGAAAUCGUAGAAAAUUCAUUACUUUGUGCAAGCGCCGUAACUCCCGAGUGACGGAAAACGAUUUCGUUCAUUCUUUUCAUGAGUCGAGUCUUUUUACAGCGCGGAGUUCACAGAGAUCCAAUCAGAAAGUCAGCAAAGAAAAACCGCAGAUAUAUUUGAGCGCUUCAAGCAAGCAAUCGCGUGGACAAUAAGAGAAUAUAGUGAAAAUCGUUGUGAUUUUCCGUUUUCGUAUCUCACUAAAUAGAGUUCCAACAUAGAGGAUGACUCAGUUUCUUAAACAAAAUGAUAAGUUGUAUAUAGGGCGGGAAAAAGACUUGUAUAGCUUUGUAGAUAGAUAUGUAGAUUUUUUGGUCAGAUUUUAACCAAAAGAGU